GGAUAGUAUGGACAUUGGGAUGCGGGCCAAAAAUGUGACAACAAAACAGCUGUGUGAGGUCUGAGUGCAUGAAAGCGAAAGCUCGCUCAUUCUGGUGUCGCAGAAGAGUCUCGGUGUGAAUGAACUCAGACGGUGAAGACAUACAGACCAGAGAAUCAAAAGCAUGAAUGCUGUGAAUUCUGUGCAACUGUUCAUUGUGGUUUGGACUUUUACUGCUGUCUGUCGAGCUGAUGAUGAUGUCUGCAGUAUAAGCUGUGAGGAUGUGACAGGAACUGUAGGAAAACAAGUAGCUUUCACCUGCAGUGUCCCUCAGAAGUGCACUGAAUGCUGCAUUAUAAUGUAUAAGUUUCAAUACCCUGAAAAAUAUAAUAACUCAGCAAUCUGUAAACAAGAGUUUCAUCUGGACCCCUGUGAACAGAGGAACAGCUUCACAUGCAGAUACACUCCAACUACAGCAAUGACAGGACAAUUCAGAUUAUUUUUUCAAACAACAUGUGACAUGAAAAGAACAGAAUUCACUGUGGACAUAACAGAGCCCAGUAAACCUGAAAUUAUCAAAGAAGCUCCUGGUAGGAAAGAGCCCAGAAAACCUGAAACUGACACUGAAGAUCAUGACAGGAAAGAAGAAGCAAGUAACUUGGAUAAUUUAGGAAAAUAUGAGCACGAAAGAGCAGAAGGACGUGGAUUUAAAGUCGCUGUCAUCGCUGCUGUCGUAAGCAGUUUUAUCAUCGUCAUCGUUCCUGUGAUUUACAAAAUGAAACAAAAUUGCAAACAGAAGAAGAGGUUUCGGAACAACUGCCAAGAAAGAUGUCCAGUAAAUGUGGUCUAAUAUCACAGACUCAACAUUAUAAAAGCAGUGUGUUUUGUUUGAUUUUCAAGUGAAGAUCAUGAAAGACACAAACUUUAUAGGAACUCUAUAUCUGGUCAUUGAUUUCUAUGAAAUAAUGGUAGUAUUAUUUAUCUAUUUGAUCUUUAAUGAUCUCACACCUAUUUAAACACUAAAACGGUAAAGCAACAAAAAACAGUGUUUACUUUUGCUCUUUUUUAUUCUGACAUUCAAGAUAUGUAUAUGAUGUUAAUUUUGUAUUUGGUGGUAAGUGGUAAUAGUAUGGAAAUUAUUUUACUGUUAUUAUUCUACACAUGCAGUUUUCUAAUGAUGUAAAUGGUGUUGUGUUGCACAAUGUGUUGUUGUAUUAAAAAGCAAUGGAAUGAAGAAACACUGGUGUUGUUCUCUAAAGAUGAUUAUCUUGAACCUCAUUUCAUCAUCACAUGGUAUACCAGUGAAAUCCAGUAAAGAGGGUGAGAUUUGUUUUCU